UAAAUUACAGUUUUCAGGAAUAAGUAAUUCUGCCAGAGUGUCUUUGGGGUCACUAUUGCCGGUCCUAAGCUUGGAUAUAGGAGAAGGGUUGGAAUUGUGAUAUAAAAAAACAAGAAUCGUCAGAAGAAAGUUUAUUUGUAGUUCUAAACGUAUUUAGGGUGUUUUUUAACCACCUUUUGUUUCUCCCACGACAUUAUUCCUCUCUCCAACAGCGUCCAUUAUCAAUACAUGCAUUAUUACAUUAUGAAAAUUAGGCGAUGGCGUCAUUUAGCGAUUUCUAGCGACUUUUGGGACAACCAAUAGCGACUUUCCUUGCUGAGGAGUUGGCAACAGUGCCAGCCAUAUAUCAGGAGUUUGCGUCGGACCGCGGGAUACAUUUGGUGUAUGCCGGUGUCUUUCGCCAUUUUGAGAGUUUGCAGGUCAGUCCGCAAAGUUUGGUUUGCGCCGGCAUCAGCAGGAUAUAUUAUUUGCUGUGCUCUAAAGGUGUCUGCGGUUAGCGGACGGAUGGAGUUAAGGAGUGAUUUCCAUCCCUGGAGAGACUACAUGCGGCUGGCGGAUACGGUCCUGGCCAUACAAUCCGGGAGUGUCGCGCCCGAAGAUGGAGAUCGGGUAGGAAUUCAGCUAGAAUCUGGCCGACGACUUCUUCUUUCAACGGAGCGAUAUUGUGCGGACGACACGGCGGAUGGCGGGGUGAGAAGAGCCUCCAGCGAACCCGCGGCUGGACCCCAGCAGUCCCGAAAAAAAGAAUCCCAAGGGUCGAGACGCCCCUUCUGCAGUUUUUGUAGGAAAAAUGGGGAGUCAGAGCUCGUCUUUCGUUCGCACUGGCUCAGGGACCGAGCGGGCAGCGUGAGCUGUCCGUACUUACGGGAGUACGUGUGCCCGCUGUGCUUGGCUACUGGGGCCAUGGCGCACACCAGGCGGCACUGCCCGCAUGCCGACACUGCCUGCUCCUCCGUGUACGCCAGGACUCACCGCUAAGCCGGGAGCCUACGUUUUAAAGAAACUUACUUAAAAUUAAAUUUUAAAUUUUAAUUUUAAUUUAACCAUUUCACAGUUUGUUUAUGUGCGUGUUUUUUAACAUUUUAUUUUGGCUUAAGAUUUGUUCGAUCUUGAUGUGAUGUGUUUAUUUUGUGUAGUUUGUUUACGUGUUCUCACUUGUCUUGCUUUUUUUGCACUGAUUGUUACUGCCUAUUUCAUUAACCAGCUUUUCGCGCUGAUUACCCUAUUAACCUGUUCUCAGGCUUUGGUGUCCCGUUUUAUUGGUGGGUCAUGCUCCCUUGCUUAUAAUCACCGAGACUUGCUUCUGGAAUCUGAUGACGUAAGCUGUCCCCCACUUGAUUGCAGAAAGCCGUUUAAAACUCUUGUGCGUCUUGUCGAAUAUUUCAAUUGACGUAUGCGCUGUUUUGAAUGGAUCAUGUACGCCUGCGCAUAAACAGAUUUUAAUUUGCAUAA